AUGUCCUGUCCCAGAUGUAUACAGGGCUUCAUCCUACCCGGUGAGCCUACCGGUACCUUCCAACCCGACUUCCACAACGCCUACCUCGCGCCAGCGCCGAAUGGGAAGCCUUCAAAGCGCGCCGUAUUUCUCUUCACGGAUAUCUUUGGGUUGCCGCUACAGAAUCCCAUGAUAAUGGCGGACACUAUUGCGAAGGAGCUGGGGUGCGAUGUUUGGGUGCCCGACUACUUCAAGGGCAAGCCCCCCAUGCCCCUUACCACAAUGAUUCCUGAUCGUGCUGGGGUCAAAGCAUCGCUGUGGGACUGGGUCAAGUUCGUCGGGGUCUUGCUUCGAAACCUUCCUGCGCUUAUCAAUUCACGGCCUGCCGUGGUCGACAAGCGUCUCGCUUCUUUAUUCGCGCUUUUAAAAGAGAAGAAAACAUAUGAAAAAAUAGGUGCUGUUGGGUACUGCUUCGGUGGAACGACCGCCGCACGCUUGGGCAGCACCAAAUAUUUAAACAGCAUCGUGAUCGUCCAUCCGGGGCCUAUAAGCGACAGCGUCCUCAAGUCUAUUUCAAUACCUACGGCAUGGGCCUGUGCAGAAGAGGAUACAUUCUGGCCUGAAUCGGAACGCAAUAAAGCAGAAGCAGUGUUCGCAGCAAGGAAGGAUACUGACAAAUUCGUGGAUUACGAGUUCAAGGUCUACAAAGGAACGGCUCAUGGCUUUGCUUCCCGGCCUAAUCUGGAGCUCCCAGAAAUAAAGGCUGCUCAUGAGCAGGCUUUGGAGCAGGCUAUUGCCUGGUUCCAGAAGACGCUGACUGUAUCGGAGCCUGUUAAAGAAACUACGGAGGGUUAA